CCUGUCGCUUGAUUAUGACGCGCCAACGGAGCAGUUUCGCGAAAGGUUGCAAAUCAAUUGCGUCAGAAGGUUGCGCACUUGUUUCUGGAAAGGUGAACUACGUAGGUUGCUCUCUCGCAUAAAACAUUGUAACCAUGUUGGUGGCGAGGCUGACGUGCCUGAGGAGUCUUCCUCUAUUCGGGCUCCGUCCUGUACUGUCACAGGGCUCCCCAGCCCUGAGAACACCCACUCUGAAGGCCUGUCCACCUCUGCUCAGACCCCAGCAGGGUUUUUCCUCUAAGGCCAGAUUUGGUUUCCGAAGUGGGAAGACAACCAGAGGCCAGCUCAAAGAUGCAGCUUUUGAACCAGCAACAGAUACCGCGAUUAAAAUUGACAGCAUGGGAAGAAUGAUCCUGGCUGGAGGUGCAGCAGUUGGCCUUGGAGCUCUGUGUUACUAUGGACUUGGCAUGUCCAAUGAAAUCGGUGCCAUAGAGAAAGCAGUGAUCUGGCCUCAGUAUGUGAAGGACAGGAUCCACUCCACCUACAUGUAUUUUGCAGGCAGUAUUGGACUGACUGCUUUGUCAGCUGUAGCAGUGAGCAGGACCCCGGCUCUUAUGGGCCUGAUGAUGAGAGGAUCCUGGCUGGCUAUUGGAGCAACCUUUGCGGCUAUGAUUGGUGCCGGCAUGCUGGUCAGGUCCAUUUCAUAUGAGCACAGCCCGAUGCCCAAACACCUCGCUUGGAUGUUACAUGCAGGUGUGAUGGGUGCUGUCAUCGCGCCCAUGACUCUCCUGGGAGGACCUCUGAUGAUGAGGGCCGCCUGGUACACUGCAGGAAUCGUGGGAGGUCUGUCCACUGUGGCCAUGUGUGCCCCAAGUGAGAAGUUCCUCAACAUGGGCGGGCCAUUGGCUAUUGGCUUUGGAGUGGUGUUCGCUUCUUCAAUUGGAUCCAUGUUCCUGCCGCCCACCUCAGCGUUCGGAGCAGGCCUGUACUCAAUUGCCAUCUAUGGAGGCCUCGUCCUGUUCAGCAUGUUCCUCCUCUAUGACACUCAGAAGGUCAUCAAGAGGGCGGAGACACACCCGCUUUAUGGCGUGCAGAGAUUUGACCCCAUUAAUGCGUGUAUGGGGAUCUACAUGGACACACUGAACAUCUUCAUGAGGCUGGUGAUGAUUCUGUCUAACGGUGGCCGUAAGAAGUAAACACCAGCAUUCUGACUUUAGCUUCCGUUUUAUCGCCCAACAAAAUCAUAUUUUAUUUCUAGCAGCAUACACCGGGUGUUAUCUCUUAGUGACACGUCUUAUCUAACUGGUAAAUAUACAGCCAUGCUUUGCAAGAGUGUGAAGAAGAGGAUUGUACUCUGGUGCAAAGAAGAUAAAUCGUUGUACGUUGAUAACACACUGAGAGCUCUUACCUUGAUUGUGGAAGUAUGGGGUUUAUCCUGGGGGUUACAAAUGGGUUAAAUCUGUCUGUCAGCAUCAUUUCGCCUGCCUCAGAUGUCCUUUUGUAUUGUGUAUGUUUUGUAUUUAUUUUAACUUGAUGGUGUUUCUGUUUCUAAUAAGAAUGAAAGUUUGAGAAUGUCUGGUAUAUGCAACAGAAAUGUGACAGAUAGACGGGUCCCGACUCACAGUACAAUAAAUGACUUUGCUGUAUGAACUUGCUCCAGUACACACUGAUAUUGCACUUCUGUGAUUGGUUAAAGAGGUUGGCACUAGGUCAUAUAUAAGAUGUACAGUAUUUCGACUGGAAUCAUUCAAUAAAUAAGUCAAAAGUGA